AAAGAGAACAGCAGUAUCUGAUGCACUAUUUCAUACAAACUAUUACUGUAGAUGUUUUGUAAUCUGUAUUAUAGAGUUCAAGACCCGGUUUGUUUAUAUAUGAAUUAUGUUCUCAAAACACUGCUUUAUUUCUAAUGAUUCUCCUACAGCAAACCAGUUUGUAACGGUGUAGUCUUUACAGUGGUUAUUGUAUAAUGCAAUGGUGUUGUGUUAAUGAUUAUUAAACGUGUAACUGGUAGAUCUUUAAACACUGUUUAAAGUCCAGCUCUGAGGACGAAGCUAAGCUCGACUGUAGAAAAGAGUUAGCAAGGGAAUCUCUGUAGACAUUCCCUGCCCCUAUUGUGCCCGCCCCAUGAAGAAAACGAACCAAUCAGCACACACGGUACAUAUGAUUGACAUCUCAACAGUUAGUAGCCACUGAGCAGAUCCCAAAGUAGAGCUCAAGCACAAAAAGGCGUCUCCCGAGACGUCCCGGUGAAAUUAGAAGCAACUAGUGUUUCUCUUGCACAUGUCGUUGUUUACAGUCGUUAUACAAUCGUGUAGCGAAAGGAAACAUCGGGUUAUAAGUCGAAAGAAAGCGGUUUCCAAACGGUUGUUAACAAAACUCGCUACAAAGCGGUUUCUGGCUGUGUCCCAAUCCGCACACUACCGCACUAAAUAGUGUCCCAAAAGUCUACAGCACAAACCACGGGGAGUUAAAAAAAGAUCUCACUACCGUAGUGAUUAGGAUGCAGCCUUAAAACCGGGUUUAGACGUUUUAGUCGUGAUUUAUAAAGCUUUAUUUAGUUCUCAUUGCAAAUCAACAGCAAUUCAUUUUUGCUAUAAGAGAGUCUCAUUAUUUUCCCUGUUGUAAUGCAGUUGGGUUUGUUAUGUAGGUCAGGCCAGGCUUAAGCAGCUUUACUGAACCUGCGUCAGCUUAAGCUGAAAGGAAUUUGAGCAAAGCCCUCCCCUAUAGGCGUGGGCCUAAUCGAGGCUGGCCUAGUUAAGCCUGAUUUUUUCCCCUUUCACGUUUCUGUGCAUGGAGAGUGUGUGGCUGUGUAACAGAACCAGCACAGAAACUCACACACAUGCUAGAGUUUUACAGAGAAAGACCAACAAACCGAUGGUAAAAAGAACACAGGGUAAAAAGACUAGUGAGGAAAAGGAAGCAGAGUCUAAAGUAACCAAAACUGGUCUAGAAUCAAAGAUGUCUGCUGUGUUUAUGACGAGCAGCUUGGUGGGCAAGGCACGCUCUUCAAACUUUACUCUGUCUGAAAAACUGGACUUACUCCGGCUGGUUCAGCCACACAUCCGCAUUUUGGAGGAGCACACAAACAAGCAUGCAGUGAUUGUGGACAAGAACCGGUGCUGGGAGAGCAUAGCCGAGCGCUACAACAGCCUGGGAGGAGAGAGGCCACCCCGGACGGCGCAGGGUCUCCGGACCCUAUACAAAAGACUCAAGGAAAGUGCCAAGCAAGAAGUGGUCCAGAGGAGCCACGCCCAGCCUGAGUACAGGGGCAGCAUCUCAGAACCAACCAAAAGGAUCAUGGAGAUGAUUCCACAUCUGUUUCAUGCAGGGGACAAAGAGCACAAUAUGCUCCACAGGUUGCAAUACAAGAUGAACUCUCCAGUCGAGCAACCCGGCAGCAGUUCGUCUCUUCCUGCUGUGCCGGACUACACACCUGCAGCCAGAGUGGUGAGGGUGGAGUCUGAGGAUGUCAAACCUCCACCUGAUCUCAAAAUUGUAGUCCCGCAUGACUCACCCGUUACAUUAACAACUCCACACUCCGAGCAGCCUGUCGCACAGACUGAGGAUGAGGUUGAGGAGGAGGAAGAGGAGGAAGAACUUGUCUCUAAUGUUUAUGCAACCUCUCUCUCACCCUGCCCGUCCUCUGUACAUCUCCCUCUCUCACCUUCAGCACCCAUGUCCCGACCCAGCCUGUACGACAGGGGUGGUGUUUUGUUCAGAAACCCUGUAGUGGAGGCGGAGUCUUUGCAGAUGAUGCGAGAGGAGCAUGAGCUUUUACUGACCAAUCACAGGAAGCUUGGUCAAUAUUUAGAUGAGAAACGAGAGGGGUUAAAAAGAAAGCAACAGUUGGAGGAGGAGCUCUUGAGAUCAAAGGUCAAAGUGGAGAAGCUCAAGGCUGCGCGGCUACGCCAUGGACUUCCCCUUAUAUAAUAAACACACAAAAAGUUGUGUAGAAAUGUUAACUAUGCUGGUGUGUAUUGUUUUACAAAUGACUAAUUUAUUUGAUUUACUUUUUCUAUCUAUAGAAGAAGAAAAUGUCUUAACUAUCUGUGAAUAUGAGACA